AUGCUUUCAAAAAAGUCAAAACUGUCCAACGGACAAAAAGAAGCAAUCGAAAAUAGAAAUAUUCCCCUUAAUUUGAAUAAUAAAACGAAGCAACAACUAGACUCUGGCACACCAAUCUGCCAAAAUUCUCCUAUAAAAGCACAACCAAGUGUUGAGGGUGUCUGCAGUCAUAGAAGUCUUGAGAGUAAAGGUGAAAAGAAGGUCAAGGGAAGGACUACUGUUUUGCUUAGUGGUCCGAUUUAUACAAUGGAAACAGCAUUUACAUUGUAUGGAACAUCUACAUUCAUCCCUUUAUUUAAGUUCCCAUGGUUGAAUUACGCAUCACUAGGUAAUGUAAUUUUUUCCAUUUUUUGCACAAAAACAGUACCUUCAAAACCGGAAUAUUGCCUCUUGGAAAUGGAUCAUGGCCCAUGUUUUGCUUUACUGCUGCGUUACGCUUACGACAAGAAACUUGACCAAUGUGUCGAGUUCACCUUUGGUGGAUGUGGUGGAAAUAAAAAUAACUUCGAGACACUUGAAGAGUGCGAAAAAAAUUGCAAGAGCAUUUUCUUGCAGAAACAAAAAACGGGUUUGAAAUUCUAUAGACACACGAAAUUAAGAAGGCAGCCUGGUCAUCAAAUAGCUAAUAUGAUGUCUUUGCACGUUGGUACACACGAAAGUGGCUUUGAUCAGGGACCUAGAUAUUAUCUGCAGCAGGAUUUAACACCUAGUUCACUGUCUAUUGCUUAA